AGUCGCUUCUGUUCAUUUUCGUUUAUGAUGGAGUAUAUCACAAAUCUCAACGCGGAUUUAAAUAUAAUUUGACCGAUAUAAUUAAUAUGUGUUUUCGAGCAAGUGAAGUGCAUAAUACCUUCCCCCGCCCGCCCAAUUUGCAAUCCCACCUUAUCAUAAAGCAGUCCCAGAGCGUCAGACCAACGCUACAUGAUAUUUGGAUAUAUAUAUUCGAAUUCAUAUUCAGAUCUAAGGGCGUUUACUGAUCUCGGAGCCUGUGUACGUGCCGCCAAGAUGGUGAAAUGACGCAGCAACACACCGUCUCAGUCUGGGACAUCGCCACUCUAGUCUCGCGAGAUCCAGACCAAGUGACGUCAUUUGCUGACUCUGCAGCUGAUUGGGACAUUUCGUCAGUCGCGCCAUAUAUACACCAACACCAGGAAGGUUUCUGAAUUCGACUUGUGUUCUAAAAUUGGCGGACCAUUGAAAAUGUUGCCAAAGGUUUUAUCGCUUGUGCUUCUAUCCGUUUUUUGGUUACUUUGGAAAGGGACGUCAGGGUUGGCACCAGCGACAGUCAAAUUCGGCGGCAUAGGAGGUAGCGCAGAAGACAAUGAAACCUUCAAACUCGCCGUCGCUUACGUCAAUGAGUAUAAACUAAUUGGCGACACUACCUUGGAAUAUGUCAGUGAUAUUGCUCCUUCGAUCGGGACAUUUGAGAGUAUACAAUUUGCCUGCAAAGAUGGCGGAGAAGGAAUAAUGGCCUAUGUUGGCCCAAUGUCCUCCGCGACAACGAAAGGGAUGCAUCCUGUUGCGCAGGCGCAUCAUAUACCGCACAUUUCGCCACGGGCCACGAAUCCGCUGUUGGGUGACAAGGAUAACUUCCCAUACCUGGUUCGACUCUCCGCACCCGAUUCGGUCCAGAGUCAGGCUCUGAUCUCGUUGGUGCAGUAUUUUGGGUGGAAGAAAGUUGCCAUUUUGUCGUCUAACUCGGAUUACGGCACAAAUGGCAUGCUUGAGUUCCAAUCACGCUCCGGUCGAAGCGGCAUACAGGUCGUGAGCAACCAACAAUUUGCGAUCACCAGUAACCCGAAGGACGUUGAUGCAAGAAUACAGUUGAAGAGUAUCAAGCAAUCAGGUGUUAGAAUAAUCCUCCUGAACACGGGAGCUAAUCAUGCCGAGAUCAUCAUGCAGCAGGCUAAUGCACUGGAAAUGGCUGGGGCAGGAUGGGCCUGGGUGGUCACUGACGGCUCCACUGGAUAUGCGACUUUGCCCAAUGCCAUCAGUGGCGCCCCCUAUCUCGCAGGAAUGAUAGGAACUGUCCCCUCGUUUGGAAAUGGCGCCCUACUGGAUAACUUUACAGACUACAUCAAAACUAAACACGGCGUGACGAAACCUCUAACCGCGUUUGUAGCUCUCAUUGUAGACGCAGUGUUGUCAUUUGCGUACGCUGCGCGAGACUUUUACGCAGACUCCAAAAACUGGCCGAAAUUGGCGGGAAAUUUCAGCUGCAGAGACACACCGGUGACGCCGUGGGCACAUGGCAAAGAAUUCCUAUCAUAUGUACAAAAGGUCGAUGGUGACGGGGUUGCAGGCAGAAUCAAAUUCAACACAAACGUCGCGCCAGAAACUCCCAUCUUCGACAUCGUGAACCUAAAGCAAUCUGGAUGGCACAAAGUCGGGAAUUGGACACAAAAUGGCGGCCUCAAAAUGGCCGCCCCAAAGGACAUCCGUUUCCAGGGUGACAGAUCAAUAGUUCAUGACUACGUCAGCGAUUUGGCUAACCGGACGUUGAAUGUCAUCACUAUUAUUGAGGCACCGUUUGUGAUGUACACUGGGUCCGAAGAUGAUGUCAAUAUUACGGACAUCCAACCUCAUGAAAUUGAAGGAUAUUGUGUAGAUCUACUAAAACGACUGUCCAAAGAAAUCGGCUUCAAGUACAGACUUUACAGAGUCCCGGAUGAGAACUAUGGAACUAAAGAUGCCUCCACCAAACAGUGGAACGGGAUGGUGAAAGAAUUAGUUGAUAGAAAUGCGGAUGUGGCCGCAGCCCCGUUCACCAUCAACUUAGACAGGGAGAAAGACAUAGAUUUCACCAACCCAUACCUCGACCUGGGGCUGAGGAUUGCUAUGAAGAAAGAUGCCAUCAUUGAACCUGGAGCAUUCAAGUUCCUCGAACCGUUCUCCUGGGAUGUUUAUCUUACAAUCGGCAUCAUGACUAUUUUAGUAGCGCUGUUUGUGUCUUUGCUCAACAAACUUAGCCCCUACGACUACCAUGGUGAUUUUAUGCAGCGUGACCACGACCAGAGUCAGACAGAGGACCAAGCAGCACUACAAAACAGACUCAGCAAAUCAAGACGUGACGUCAACGACAAACCAGCUCCGAAAAUACUUGUUCCAACAUUCACCAAAUUGCUACUGCAGAUGAGGCGCCGGGAACAAAAAGAAACUCUUGUUUUCAAGAAGGAACGAAAGAAGGCGCUCGCCAAGAUGAAUGUGGCAAACGCCCUCUGGUUGUCGACGGCGUCACUAUUGCAGCAGGGCGGGGAGGUCUACCCUUUGAGUACUUCAGCGCGAAUCCCUACAAUUUCCUGGUGGAUGGGAAUCAUGAUCUUAGUGGCGACCUACACGGCCAACCUGGCGGCCUUUCUGACGGCAGGGCGGCUUACCACCGAUAUAAACUCGAUUGAAGAUUUGGGUGGGCAGAAAGAGGUCCUUUACGGUACGGUGGCGAGUUCUGCGAUGUAUUCCUAUUUCGAUAAGUCGGCAUUGACCUUCUAUCAGGACAUGGCAAAGUUCAUGGUCAACAAGAAAACGCUCUGGAAGGACACGGACAAGGCGCUGGAAAGGGUUCGCAGCAACGGACCAACAAAAUACGCCUUCAUAACGGACAGCGUCAUACUCGACUACCAAGCUGUCACAAAGCCGUGCAAUUUGAAAAGUGUGGGGCGACUCUUCAACAAGUUCGGCUACGGCUUCGGAUUGCAGAAGAACUCGCCUUACAACAGCGAGAUCUCCAAUGCGAUACUGCAACUGAAGGAGGCUGGUUAUAUGGAGGAACUGCACGAAACGUGGUAUAAGAAGCGAGGAGAAUGCGCUGUGGAGGCAGAAGAAACAGCGGGCGACAAUGUGGCCACUGGAACGCUCGGCGUCAAUAACAUGAGAGGCGUCUUCUACAUCAUCCUAGGCGGCCUCUUUUUGAGUUUAGUCUGCCUCGUUCUCGAAUGGAUUGUCUUCUGCUCAUUAACGGUUGACAAGAAUGAUCCAACGAAGCCGAAGUCCUUCGGACAAGCCUUCAGGAUACGUAUGGCUUUACUCUCAGCCGACAUGCGCGAAGACUGGCUGCCAAAUGUGCCCUACAACUGGCGACGUAAACCGCAAGAAAACGUUGCGAGGAGCGCAGAAGCCAAUGACGUCAGCGCGGAGAAUCACACAACGCCAGCGCGCAGUCUUGCAGAUAAGUGGAAGAUACACGCACCUUUGGCUAAACGGAGUACGACUGAAACAGUUCAAACAACCCUGUCCAAAAUGGGAAGCCAGGAUACAUUGUUGUUAAACCAAAGCAGACGGCAAAGUGACGCCAUGAUUGUGACGUCACAAGAUCCGUGCAAAACUAAGGAGACCUUCCCGGAGGACAAUCAUUCUGAGGGAAUGAAUGGGUGGGGUAAAUUCAGCCCGAUGUCGAUCAGUACCCUCUAUGUGGAUGGCGAGUCUAUAAUCGGGAUGGCGGAACAUCCGGUGGGUAAGCCUAAAUAUGAAAUGGGACACGGGUCAUUGGUCGGGCUGUCGGAGAAAUCGGCGGUUGGUGAUAAAAUACUGACGGCGGGACUCAGCGGAUCAUUGAUUGGGCUGUCAGAGAAUACAAGCACGGCAACGGCAGAAAACGGCAAAACGCCAGGUCUGUUUGCCAGAAAGCUUCGGGGACUGAAAGUGGACCCGAAACUGUCUAAUGUUGACGUAUAGAAGAACCAUUUUGUCUGGCGUCCAUGUCAAUUUUCAAGUAAGGGACUGCCGCGAUUGCCGAAUAUCCAGAUUCCAAUACUUAAACGUCAUAAUAUGAAUUAUUUACACGCAAUGCUGUCCUUUAAAGAAAUAGAUGUAUUAUUCCCCAUUGACUUCGUUCUUAGUCUGUUUCAUUAGUGAACUAUUUUUCAGAAAGAGUUCGGCGAUUUCAGUCCAAACUUUUAGAUGGGGAUGUAAAAUACAUUGUAAAUGCAUUAUUCGUCAUUUAGAACGUCCACGACCAUGCGCGGGAAAUGAUACAUCUUCGUGCCGCCCGAUUAUGGGAACUGUCAUGGGAAGCGACUGGGCGCCGAUAGCUCGGUUAUAAUGCCCUUGGUGAGGCAACUGGUCCUUUAAGGAGCGCGCCUGAGUUUCUGUGUCGGGUUUUGAUUUCAGAUCGACGGGACCGACCGGUUGAAAGAGAGAACAUGAGUUAAGUUCACGUAUGAGGAUGCUAGUACUGAGUGUACUGCUCUAUGCAUGCGAAUCAUGGAAGAUGACCAAGAAGAUCAACAAGAAACUGGACACUUUCCAAACGAAGUGCCCGAGGAGAAUCCGAGGCA